GGCGAGAAGGAGUUGCGGGAGGAGGAGGAAGCGAGUGUGAGCGAGCCGAGCGGGGUCCCGGCCGCCCCGCGGGCCAGAGUCGAGCCCUCCCGCCCGUGGGCGAGCGCGCCAGCCGCCCCUUUCAGAACAGCCACCUCCACAAAGAAGAACGGGCGGCGCCGUGCUCCCCAUGCCCUCUUGAAGUGGUGCGGUCCCCGCUGAGUCUGCCGCCCGGGCGGAGCCCCGCGCUCCCCGUGCGUCCCGUGUGCCCCUGAGCGCCCCUGCGCGCCCCGGCCCGCGUUCCGCCGGCAUGGACGUCCACACUCGCUGGAAAGCGCGCAGCCCGCACCGCCUGGGCACUCCGCUGCUGACCCCACCGUUGCCGUUGCUGCUGCCGCUGCUGCUGCUGCUGUGGGCGCUGCCUCAGAGCUGCGCAGCUCAGCCAGCAGAUCUCCUGAAGGUUCUAGAUUUUCACAACUUGCCCGAUGGAAUAACAAAGACAACAGGCUUUUGCCCGAUGCGGAAAUCCUCCAAAAGCCCGGACGUUGCUUACAGAGUCACCAAAGAUGCACAGCUCAGCGCACCCACCAAGCAGCUGUACCCUGCAUCUGCAUUUCCCGAGGACUUCUCCAUCCUCACCACUGUGAAAGCCAAGAAAGGCAGCCAGGCCUUUCUGGUCUCUGUCUACAAUGAGCAGGGCAUCCAACAGCUCGGCCUGGAGCUGGGGCGCUCGCCCGUCUUCCUCUACGAGGACCACACGGGGAAGCCAGGGCCAGAGGACUACCCCCUCUUCAGGGGCAUCAACCUGUCAGAUGGCAAGUGGCACAGAAUUGCUCUCAGCAUUCACAAGAAAAAUGUCACCUUGAUCCUUGACUGUAAAAAGAAGGCCACCAAAUUCCUAGACCGCAGCGACCACCCCAUGAUAGACGUGAAUGGCAUCAUUGUGUUUGGCACUCGGAUCCUGGAUGAGGAGGUGUUUGAGGGUGACAUCCAGCAGCUGCUGUUUGUCUCAGACCACCGGGCAGCUUAUGAUUACUGCGAGCACUACAGCCCUGACUGUGACACUGCAGUUCCCGACACCCCGCAGUCACAGGACCCCAAUCCAGAUGAAUACUACCCGGAAGGGGAUGGCGAGGGAGAGACCUAUUACUACGAAUAUCCCUACUACGAAGACACGGAUGACCUGGGCAAGGAGCCCACCCCCACCAAGAAGCCUGUGGAAGCUGCGAGAGAAACCACCGAGAUCCCUGAGGAGCUGACCCUGCCCCCCACCGAGGCUGCCCCCAUACCUGAGACCAGUGAAAGGGCUGGGAAGGAAGAGGACCCGGAAAUUGGGGCCUACGACUACAUACCCAGCGAGGACUACUACACGCCUUCCCCUUAUGAGGAUCUCAGCUACGGCGAGGGCAUGGAGAACCCCGACCAGCCCACCGACCCCAGUGCGGGGGCCGAGGUGCCCACCAGCACUGUCCACACCUCCAACGGCUCCAAUCCAGCUCCAUCUCCAGGGGAAGGAAGGGAUGACUUGGAGGGGGAGUUCACUGAAGAAACCAUCAAGAAUCUCGACGAAAACUACUAUGACCCCUACUAUGAUCCCACCAUCUCCCCAUCAGAGAUUGGGCCUGGAAUGCCGGCGAAUCAGGACACCAUUUAUGAAGGGAUUGGAGGACCUCGGGGAGAGAAAGGUCAGAAGGGAGAGCCAGCGAUCAUUGAGCCGGGCAUGCUCAUUGAGGGACCGCCUGGCCCAGAAGGCCCUGCUGGUCUUCCUGGACCCCCAGGAACUACUGGUCCCGUUGGCCAAGUUGGUGACCCUGGAGAAAGGGGUCCCCCUGGACGCCCCGGCCUUCCUGGGGCCGAUGGCCUGCCCGGCCCUCCGGGGACCAUGCUCAUGCUGCCUUUCCGAUUUGGUGGCGGUGGUGAUGCUGGCUCCAAGGGCCCCAUGGUCUCAGCUCAGGAGUCCCAAGCGCAAGCCAUCCUGCAGCAGGCCAGGCUGGCAUUGAGGGGACCAGCUGGCCCGAUGGGCCUUACCGGGAGGCCUGGCCCCAUGGGGCCUCCUGGGAGCGGAGGACUGAAGGGCGAGCCGGGAGACAUGGGGCCUCAGGGUCCCCGAGGAGUGCAGGGUCCACCUGGUCCAGCGGGGAAGCCUGGAAGACGGGGUCGGGCCGGGAGUGACGGAGCCAGAGGAAUGCCUGGACAGACUGGCCCCAAGGGUGACCGUGGUUUUGAUGGCCUGGCUGGGUUGCCAGGUGAGAAGGGACAGAGGGGUGACCCUGGUCCUUCUGGCCCCCCUGGCCCUCCAGGAGAUGAUGGAGAAAGGGGUGAUGACGGCGAAGUUGGGCCCAGGGGACUGCCUGGGGAGCCUGGCCCACGAGGUCUGCUUGGGCCUAAGGGCCCCCCAGGCCCUCCCGGACCUCCCGGUGUCACGGGUAUGGAUGGCCAACCAGGCCCCAAAGGAAAUGUGGGUCCCCAGGGAGAACCUGGCCCCCCAGGACAGCAGGGUAACCCAGGUGCCCAGGGUCUUCCAGGCCCCCAAGGUGCAAUCGGUCCACCAGGAGAAAAGGGUCCCUUGGGUAAACCAGGCCUUCCAGGAAUGCCCGGUGCCGACGGACCCCCGGGGCACCCUGGCAAAGAAGGCCCUCCGGGAGAGAAAGGCGGUCAGGGUCCUCCUGGCCCUCAGGGUCCCAUUGGUUACCCAGGUCCUCGAGGAGUCAAGGGCGCAGAUGGCAUCCGUGGCCUGAAGGGCACCAAGGGUGAGAAGGGUGAAGAUGGCUUUCCUGGCUUUAAAGGCGACAUGGGCAUCAAGGGAGAUCGGGGGGAGAUUGGCCCACCUGGUCCCAGGGGAGAAGAUGGCCCUGAAGGCCCAAAGGGUCGCUCAGGUCCCAAUGGUGAUCCUGGUCCGCUGGGGCCCAGUGGGGAGAAGGGAAAACUCGGAGUUCCAGGACUACCGGGAUACCCAGGAAGACAAGGGCCAAAGGGCUCUGUUGGAUUCCCUGGAUUUCCUGGUGCCAACGGAGAGAAGGGCGGCAGGGGGACACCUGGAAAGCCCGGACCAAGGGGGCAGCGAGGCCCAACGGGCCCAAGGGGUGAGAGAGGCCCACGUGGCAUCACUGGGAAGCCUGGCCCCAAGGGCAACUCUGGAGGUGACGGCCCAGCCGGCCCUCCUGGUGAACGGGGACCCAAUGGACCCCAAGGACCCACGGGGUUUCCUGGACCAAAGGGCCCCCCUGGCCCUCCAGGCAAGGAUGGGCUCCCAGGACACCCUGGACAGAGAGGCGAGACUGGUUUCCAAGGCAAGACCGGCCCCCCUGGCCCCCCAGGUGUGGUCGGCCCUCAGGGUCCCACGGGAGAAACAGGCCCAAUGGGUGAACGUGGCCACCCCGGGCCUCCCGGCCCCCCAGGGGAACAGGGGCUUCCAGGCCUUGCUGGAAAAGAAGGGACAAAGGGUGACCCCGGCCCUGCUGGCAUCCCCGGGAAAGACGGCCCUCCUGGACUACGCGGCUUCCCUGGGGAUCGAGGGCUUCCUGGUCCAGUGGGAGCUGUCGGACUGAAAGGCAGUGAAGGCCCUCCCGGCCCACCUGGCCCUGCGGGUUCUCCGGGGGAGAGAGGCCCAGCUGGUGCUGCUGGACCCAUCGGAAUUCCAGGGAGACCUGGGCCCCAGGGACCGCCAGGGCCAGCUGGAGAGAAAGGGGCUCCCGGUGAGAAAGGCCCACAAGGGCCUGCUGGCCGAGAUGGUCUCCAAGGUCCUGUGGGGCUCCCAGGCCCAGCUGGCCCUGUGGGUCCCCCUGGAGAAGAUGGAGAUAAGGGAGAGAUUGGGGAGCCGGGCCAGAAAGGAAGCAAGGGGGACAAAGGCGAGCAGGGUCCUCCCGGGCCGACGGGUCCUCAGGGCCCCAUCGGACAGCCAGGCCCCUCCGGCGCAGACGGUGAGCCAGGGCCUCGUGGCCAGCAGGGCCUUUUUGGGCAGAAGGGUGAUGAAGGUCCCAGAGGUUUUCCUGGCCCCCCUGGGCCAGUGGGGCUGCAGGGCCUGCCAGGACCUCCAGGAGAAAAGGGUGAGACAGGAGACGUGGGCCAGAUGGGCCCUCCAGGUCCCCCUGGCCCCCGAGGACCUUCCGGAGCUCCAGGUGCCGAUGGGCCACAAGGUCCUCCCGGAGGAAUAGGGAAUCCUGGUGCCGUGGGGGAGAAGGGUGAGCCUGGUGAAGCUGGCGAGCCUGGCCUUCCAGGAGAAGGAGGCCCUCCGGGACCCAAAGGAGAAAGGGGAGAGAAGGGCGAGUCAGGCCCCUCUGGUGCUGCUGGACCCCCUGGACCCAAAGGCCCUCCCGGAGACGACGGUCCCAAAGGCAGCCCCGGGCCAGUGGGUUUUCCUGGAGAUCCCGGACCCCCUGGAGAGCCCGGCCCCGCGGGUCAAGAUGGUCCCCCUGGUGACAAAGGAGACGAUGGUGAACCUGGGCAAACGGGAUCCCCGGGCCCUACUGGUGAGCCAGGCCCGUCCGGGCCUCCAGGAAAAAGGGGUCCACCGGGCCCCGCAGGCCCUGAAGGCAGACAGGGAGAAAAAGGAGCCAAGGGAGAAGCCGGCUUGGAAGGCCCUCCUGGGAAGACUGGCCCCAUUGGCCCCCAGGGGGCCCCUGGCAAGCCUGGGCCGGAUGGCUUGCGAGGGAUCCCAGGCCCUGUGGGUGAACAAGGUCUCCCCGGGUCCCCUGGCCCGGACGGUCCCCCCGGUCCCUUGGGUCCCCCAGGACUCCCUGGCCUCAAAGGAGACUCUGGUCCCAAAGGUGAAAAGGGUCAUCCCGGCCUCAUCGGGCUCAUCGGACCACCGGGUGAACAGGGUGAGAAGGGUGACCGUGGCCUCCCAGGCCCCCAGGGCUCAGCUGGCCCUAAAGGAGAACAGGGUAUCACUGGGCCUUCUGGCCCAAUCGGGCCCCCUGGGCCCCCUGGCUUGCCGGGUCCUCCGGGUCCAAAAGGUGCUAAGGGCUCCUCGGGUCCAACUGGCCCCAAGGGUGAGGCAGGCCACCCAGGACCCCCUGGCCCACCGGGUCCCCCGGGCGAAGUCAUCCAGCCCCUGCCAAUCCAGGCAUCCAGGACACGGCGGAACAUCGACGCCAGCCAGCUGCUGGAGGAUGGCAACGGCGAGAGCUACACAGACUACGCGGAUGGCAUGGAGGAGAUCUUUGGCUCGCUCAACUCUCUGAAGCUGGAGAUCGAGCAGAUGAAGCGGCCUCUGGGCACGCAGCAGAACCCCGCCCGCACCUGCAAGGACCUGCAGCUCUGCCAUCCCGACUUCCCCGAUGGUGAAUACUGGGUGGAUCCCAACCAAGGGUGCUCCAGGGAUUCCUUCAAGGUGUACUGCAACUUCACAGCCGGAGGCUCCACGUGUGUCUUCCCGGACAAGAAGUCUGAGGGGGCCAGAAUCACUUCUUGGCCCAAAGAAAACCCGGGCUCCUGGUUCAGUGAAUUCAAGCGCGGUAAACUGCUCUCCUAUGUGGACGCCGAGGGCAACCCUGUGGGCGUGGUGCAGAUGACCUUCCUGCGGCUGCUGAGUGCCUCUGCCCACCAGAACCUCACCUAUAACUGCUACCAGUCGGUGGCCUGGCAGGACGCAGCCACAGGCAGCUAUGACAAGGCCAUCCGCUUCCUGGGCUCCAACGAUGAGGAGAUGUCGUACGACAACAGCCCCUACAUCCGCGCCCUGGUGGACGGCUGCGCGACCAAAAAGGGCUAUCAGAAGACUGUGCUGGAGAUCGACACCCCCAAAGUGGAGCAAGUGCCCAUCGUAGACAUCAUGUUCAAUGACUUCGGUGAAGCGUCACAGAAAUUUGGAUUUGAGGUGGGCCCGGCUUGCUUCCUGGGCUAGGAGCCGCCGAGCCCAGGUCUUCCACGCGCAACCUCGUGACCUCAGCACGUCGUUCGUGAGUGUCCUGAGCACGCUCCGAUCCUGGACAGUGAAGGUUUCUUGCUCCCCUCCCACCUGACUUCAUCCGUGCCUCGGACCACGCGGUGCUGGACCCCAAGCCCCAAGAGAACAGAGGGAAGAGCCGCACCCCUCCCCGGAGCUGAAUCACAUGACCUAGCUGCAUCACAGCCUCGGGCCACGCCCAGGUCUGUCCACGCCACACGGAGGGCCGGGGCCACACCCUGGCUCCCGAGCUCCCCACUGUCCCGUUCCUCAAUAGUUUGCAGGGGGUGGGGGUGGGGCCGCAGUGUUUGGAUGUCACUUUUUUGUUUUUAAAUUCAACUUGAAGAUGUGUAUUUCCCCUGACCUUCAAAAGUAUUCUGAGGCAAGCCACGUAAAGGUCACCCACCAUCACCAAAGCCUCUGUUUUUAACAACCCUCAACACUAUCCAUUUCGAGGCCAAAUGUCAUUCCACACGUGCCUUUCCAAUGGAUUAAAGGUGCUUAUGUUUUUGUGAGUUCUAAGUAAAUAUUUGUAUUGUAUUGUUAUAAA